AUGGCCCCAGCAGCACAAUCCGGACCAAGACAAUCCGCUUCCGGACGUGAGCGUACUUUUAAAGACAAAGACAAGCCAGAAAGUGUGAGAAACAGUAACAUUGUUGCUGCAAAAGCUGUCGCCGAUGCAGUUCGAACAUCUCUUGGACCAAGAGGAAUGGACAAAAUGAUCCAAUCUGGAAAUGGUGAUGUUACUAUCACCAACGAUGGUGCCACUAUCUUAAACCAAAUGAGUGUUAUCCACCCAACUGCUAAAAUGCUCGUCGAACUCUCAAAAGCGCAAGAUAUUGAAGCUGGUGAUGGUACAACAACAGUUGUUGUGAUGGCUGGAGCAUUGUUGGAUGCUGCUCAACAAUUAUUGUCAAAAGGAAUCCAUCCAACAACAAUCUCCGAAGCUUUUCAAUCAGCUGCGGGAGAAGCUGAGAAAAUCCUGUCCGAUAUGAGUUCCCCAGUUUCUCUUGACAACGAUGAGCUUCUCACCAAAAUGGCCACGACUUCGCUUAACUCGAAAGUUGUCUCACAACACUCUUGGUUGUUGGCACCAAUGGCUGUGAAUGCUGUGAAGAAAAUCGUUGACGCUGAAAAGGAUACCAAUGUGAAUUUGAAAAUGAUCAAGAUUGUCAAGAAAAUGGGUGAUACUGUUGAGGAAUCCGAAAUGAUUGAGGGAGCAUUGAUUGAUCAAAAAACAAUGGGAAGAGGAGCACCGACACGUGUGGAGAAGGCUAAAAUUGGAUUGAUUCAAUUCCAAUUGAGUCCACCAAAGACUGAUGUGAGCUUUUUUUACUCUAAAAGGGUCACGCUUUGAAAUUCCCCCUAAAAAUCCCCAUAUUUUCAGAUGGAAAACCAAGUAAUCAUCACCGAUUAUUCUCAAAUGGAUCGCGCUUUGAAAGAGGAACGCCAAUAUCUUUUGGAACUUUGCAAACAAAUCAAAGCCGCUGGUUGCAAUGUCCUUCUCAUCCAAAAAAGUAUCCUGAGAGAUGCGGUCAAUGAGCUUUCACUCCAUUUCUUGGCCAAAAUGAAGAUUAUGUGUAUCAAGGAUAUCGAACGAGAGGAUAUUGAGUUUUAUUCGAGAGUGAGUUGGGGUUUUUUUUGUUGGAAAAUUGAAUUAAUUAUGAAAAAAAAUAUAUAAAAUGAGCAAUGUAUUUGAAUGAGACGGCAACAGAGAUUAUGAGCAUUUUUAAAAAGGGUCCAAAUGUUGAUGAAUGAAUUGGGAAACAAGUGCGCUCUAACGCAAAUUGCGCCUAUUUUUUUGAAUUUUGAGAUUUUUGAAAGGUUUUUUCCUUCAUAAUCAAUAAAAACACUAUUUCAGACAAAUUCUUUCAAUUUCUGUUUAUUUUGGAUCGAAAAACACCAGAAAAUGCAAAAAUAAUGCGUCUUCUCGAUAUUUUUUGAUUUUUCGCAUUUUUUUCAAACAAGAAUUUCAUUUAACAUCACAUUUCAAAAAUGUCAUCUAUGAUUUGUUGUUUUUUUGCGGAAAACACAUGCAGCAUUUGAAGAAGAUGAAACCACAUCAACACCAUUUAUUCUGAAAAAAUUUAGUCUCGUUAAUUCCAAACCCAAGAAAACAUCACUUGAAAACUCUGCUGAGAGUUGUCCGAACAAAAUCCAAAUAUCGACUGUUGAAACAAAUCAUAAUAAUUGUCGAAGGCAUCGAAUGCGCCGCGAUCAGAAAACACAAAGCGUUUGCCAAUUCUAUUUGAAAAAAAAACAUCGGAAUUCAGUAAAUUUAUAUAAUUCUAACAAAACAACCUUGAAGUUGCUAUAACUCUUGCAGCAAAAUGAUACCAAUCAUUGUGAGUGGUGCCAGAAUACAGAUGAAAGGAAUUAUACAUUGAAAUGUGAGAGCAAUCAGAGCUGAUUUGUGAAGUUUAUAUGUGGCAGUAGACAUGUGAUGACGCAUUUUAUGUAAAGUUAGCAUUGUGUAAAUUGAUAAACUCAGGCUGUACCUGAAAAAUAGAACUUUUUUUAAAAUAGAAGUUUGAGUAUAAUAAAUUACAAUGAAAAGAUGAGAAUCCAAAUAAAUGCUACAGCCGCUGCAAUAAUCCAACCUAAAUUAGUACGCCAGUCGUAAACGAUAAAGUUUGGAUUCUUGAGAAGAUGAAGACAUUUUGGAAAAUGUUGGGAGAUAAACUCGUAUUGUUUUUCAUGGGAUGGUUCUGACAGGAGAAUUGAAAUUGAAACGAUGAAUGGAAAACAAUGAGCGAUUAAUGUCAUGAAAUUGGUGAAAUACGGUGGAAUUUUGUUGGUCUGAAGGGCGAUUGUCUUUUUCUGGAGGCAAGUUAUGCAACAAAAAACUAACCGGACGCAAUUCCGCUGCUGAUUUUGCACGAAAUUGAAAACAACUAACCAACGAUGGAAGUUCGAAAGCUAACACAAAAACAAAACCGAUGACAUUUGUAUGGGGAGAAAUAUAGCUGAGAAUUGGUGAGGUAUAAUAAUUGCCAAACAUUGGAUAAUAAUAAUAUGCGGCACCAAUCCAUGUCAUAUGAUUUUCCACUAUGAAACUGACUAUCUAGAAAAAAAGUGGUGCAAAAUUUGACACAUCUUCUUAUUCUGAUUCACCUGAAGAUAUAGUUGCCUGUAUUUGUACUCUGAAUUUGGAGAUUUACACAUUAUCAAAUAACAACCCAAACAAUUUAUUGGAAAAGAUAGACAUGCGAUUGAAUGAAGACAAUAUGUAUAAUAUGGGGGUGGUUGUUCAGGACAAUUCAAAUCCAUUUGCAAACUGUUUUUGAAUAUUAAUAAUUUUCUUACAUGAAACAUCUGCAGGCAUUUUUUCAGCUGGAAUUCUGUUCUUAGAAUUGUUUGAUCAAAAUCAGAAUAAAACCUGUCAUCUCUGAUUCAGAAAUUAAUUUUUUUAAGUUCCAAAAGAUUGAAUCAAGUUUUUUUCUGUUUCACAUAAGAUGAUGCUUUAAUGUACGUUGUGUGAAACUUGUCAGCCGAAAAUCAAAAAAAAACCAAACAAUUCUGGCUUUAGCAAAAAUGUUGAUUCCAUAUAAACCGGGCCAUUGAAUAGAAAAGGUCGCGGAGUCACCGAAUAAACUUUUUCUGUAACUUUGGGACUUAAACUAUCAUCGGAGAGGGAAAAUUAAGAAAAAUAUAGUUAUGACGUGGCAAAGUCGCCACCACUGUCAAUACUGUAAUUCAUUUCACAAAGGAUCUGUUUCAACUUGCAAUCGAGAUUUUCAAUGACAUAUAUGUUUUCUAGUAGUUUUCGACCCGCUGAUCACGAUCCCACUGUCUGAAACUGCAAAGCUCGACUCCUAACAUGAGUUAUGACAUUGCAAAGUUGAGACUUUUGGAGGUCAAAACUCGCCUUCAAAGUUAUUUUCAUAGGAUUUUCAUGAAAAUGAUUUUUAAAACUUCCAAAAAUCCCAAAUUUUCCAACUUUGCCACGUCAUAACUCAUGUUAGGAGUUGAGCUUUGCAGUUUUAGACAACGGGAUCGUGAUCAGCGGGUCGAAAACUACUGGAAAACAUGUAUUUUAUUAAAAAUCUCGAGUUGAUUGACAGUGCUGGCAAAUUCGCCACGUCAUAAUUAUGUUUUGAGCGAGUGAUUGAACUGCCAAAGUUUCCUUGUUAAUUUUUUGUUAAAAAAAUCAAUAUUUUUUUCCAGAUUCUUGGAUGUCGCCCAGUCGCCUCAGUUGAUCACUUCAAUGCCGAAGCUCUCGGAUCAGCCGACCUCGUCGAAGAAAUUUCGACCGGUGGAGAUGGAAAAGUGAUCAAAGUGACCGGCGUGCAAAAUCCCGGACAAGCUGUUUCGAUUCUCCUUCGCGGUUCGAAUAAGCUCGUGUUGGAAGAGGCCGAUCGAUCACUUCACGAUGCUUUGUGUGUGAUUCGUUGUCUUGUCAAGAGAAGAGCACUUCUUCCAGGUGAAUUUUGAGGGAAUUUUGAACCUGAAAACAUGAAAUUCUGCAUUUUGGCCAAUUUUUCGAGUUUCUUUUGAAUUUCCCACCCAAAAAUGUACAGAAAAACCUGUUUUUUCCGCUCCUUCCAAAAUGUUUCUUUUAUUUAUCUUUCUCGCAAUGCAGCGCUGUGAGAAGAAAAGAGAUAUUGAAAAUGUAUUUGAGAAACGCUUGAGGCAAAAUGGGAUGGGGGUAUAGCUCAGUGGUAGAGCGCUCCCUUAGCAUGGGAGAGGGCUGGGGUUCAAUUCCCCAUACCUCCAAGAGACUUUUUUUGUUUGGCAGAUUUGGAAUGACAUAUUUUUGGAAAAAUCUGAAGUUGUAGCCUAGAGUUUCAGCUUCUUUAAGAUGCCCCUAAGGCCUGAAAAUUUCGAGAAAAAUUGAUUUUUCAUGAAUUGUUUCUCCUCAAAAAUCUCUUUUUACCAGGUGGCGGAGCUCCUGAAAUGGAAAUCGCCGUGAAAUUGCGUCAAUUGGCACAAAGCCAACACGGAGCCACCGCAUAUUGUUGGCGAGCAUUUGCCGAUGCUCUCGAAUUGGUCCCAUAUACAUUGGCCGAAAAUGCCGGAUUAUCGCCAAUCAACACUGUCACCGAAUUGCGGAAUCAUCAUGCCAAUGGAAAUUCGUCGUAUGGUGUUAAUGUUAGAAAGGUGAGUUUGGGUUUGGGAGGGGGAUUUGGGGAAGCUUUUGUUUUUGGCGUUAAAUUAGCCUAACUUUGGAAAUUUUAUUAUGGGGUGAUUCGAGUAAAAAAAAAUAAUAAAAAAAAUUUUUUAUCAAAAGAAAAAAUGUUUUUUUUAUUAUUUUUUUCGACUCGAAUCACCCCAGAAUUUUCUAGUGUAGAAAGAGAAAUUCUGGAAAUUUUGUCUGAAGCUGUAUUUUCAGCUCACAUUCAGAUGUUUUCAGUCCAAAACCCUCAAAAAGUACACAUGAUUUAUUGGAACUUUCAAAAAAUAAGAACUUCCGAAAAAACCUCUACUUUGUAGCGCUGAAAUUGGAUUAUUUAAAGGAACACCAAAAGCUAAUAGUCACUCUAGCGUAUCCGAACAAACACUUCAGAACUCGAAAUAAUCAAUGUCAAUUUACAAAUGUUCGCAGCAAGUAAAAAAAAAUUUGAAAAAAUGGUGAAGUUUGCGCCAAAAUAAAAAAAUGGGAAAAAAACCGUUUGAAUUCCCUCCUCAGAGGACUCAGAGCGAAAUGUGCAAACACCGUCACGGCAGAAUGCACACAAAAAAAUUAUUUUUUUUAUUUUUUUGUUUUUUCGGGAGUUUUCGCUUGUUUUUCACUUUUCAACGAUGAAUUCAUAUAUUUUUCAGUAAAUUGAUGUUGGCAAUUCUUCUCCCAACUGUCUUGAUCAUGUUUUUGACGGAGGAAUGCGGAAUUUCGUCGAUUUUCAGCCAAAAAGUGAGUAUUUUGAGAAAUUAUAGAUUAUUCUCAUAAAUCACUGUUUUCCAGGCUCAACAAUGUGAAACAUGAAUAAAAUCUGCUGAAAAAUCAAAGAAAACCGUAGAAGUAGAAGAAAGACUCUGUGAAUAGUCAUGAAUCGAGGCGAAUUGGAGAGAUUUGAUGAAUUUUCAUGAUUUCAACACAGGCAUAAAUUCUUGACUUUUUAAAUUCAGAAAUACCUGUCGCAGAAAAAAAAAAUUCUCGCGUGAAUCGGGAGGCGGGAUUUAUUUGGCAAGGUGCGGCACGUUUUUUUUUCAAGCAAUAAUUAUUUCUGAUUUUUUGCAUUUCGAAAUUUAGUGAAGAAAAGAAGAUGAAAACGAAAAAAUUAUUUAAAAAACGUGGAACGUGUAAUCGUGGCAGGGGGCGGAGCCGACAGGAAAAAAAGUCAGAAAUUUAUGCCUGUGUUUCAAGUCGGUUUCGAUCAAAAGUCGUCCUUUUUGCAAACCAAACUCACCCAAAACACUUCUUCCUCGACGAUUCUGCUCAUCAAUGUUCUGAUCGCGAUUACUCUAUACAUUUAUUCUUUUAAAAGCUGUAUUCUGUCAUUUUUCAAUAAAAUUUGAUGAAAACCGGUUUAUUUGUUAAAAAAAACGAAUUUAUCAGAACUCCGACCAUUCAAAAACAACUGUAGGCGCUCAAAGUUCGUGGAUGUCAUAUUUAUUUUGAAUAUCAUCAGGUUGUGUUGGAGAAACGAUCAAAAUCCGCGAUUGCAGGUUGAAAACGCAGAUUCCGACCAAAUUUACUUAAUUCGCCACGAAUGUUCUUCCAAUCUGCAAUCAAUAAGUUUUGUUGAUAACUAGAAUAUCGAAUUUACUACUUAAAAUCGUCGUUUACUAUGAGAAACAAAGAAAAAACGGAAAAACGCGAAAAAUAUUUUUCGAAAACAAAAAAACAAAAAGAAAACAACGACAUUCCGCUCGCCUGGUGUUUAGCGUAAAAGGCGUGGCAAUUUGAUUUCGAGUUUUUUCAUUUUUCCACAGAAAAAUAUUUUUUCCUCUAAAAGUUCAGAAGAAUUUUUUCAUCGAAAAGUGAGUAUAGGGAAUGAAAGUAGGAGUAUUAAAGUGUCUGUUUUGGUAUGCGCGGCUUCACCUAGCGAUGUUGACCUUUUAGUUUUUGGUGUUCCUUUAAGCCAAUUAUACUUUCCAAAAAAUCUGAAAAAAAAUAAUUUUUUCUUCUGAAAACACAAUCUGAGCUCGAACUUUUGGCCCCAAAAUUCAAUAAAACUUUUUUUUUUGGUUUGCAAAAAAAAUUCUACGUCAUAAAAAUUUGCUGUUUCGAAUUUUUGAAUUAGCCUAACUGGUUUUUUAGGUCUAAAGAAUCCAAUAAAAAUUGUUAAACACAACUUUCCUAUUCUUCUUGCCUUCAAAAAAUUAGUUAAAAUUCAAAAUUUCCCCAAACUUUUCUAAUUUUUCUCUAGAUCCCCCUUUUCAUUAUGCUCCAGAAGAAACAUCCUUUUUUUAUUCCUCAUUCGGUUUCUCUUACAUGACUGCCCCCGAAUUUAUUUUUCAUAAUAAUUUCAAUUCAAUCAAAAAAACACGUUUUUUCUCGCCAGUGGGCGCUCGUCCGAAUUAAUAAUCUAUUUUUGACAAUAUGUAUCCAUGAAAAGAUGGAAAAAAUGUUUGACGAAGCGCAAAACAUGUAGUUAAAUCUGAAUCUAAAUUUAAAUCUAAUGGGGUUAUUUUGGGAUGGAAAAUGCGGGAAAUGUGUGUAAAAAUAGAAUUUAUGAAGAAAUUAUGUGUUUCAGGGAUAUGUUACCGAUAUGAAUGAGGAGAAUGUUGUUCAACCAUUGUUGGUGACGUCAUCGGCCAUCAAACAAGCUGCCGAAUGUGUUCGAUCGAUUUUGAAAAUUGAUGAUAUUGUGAGUUUUUUCUGGGGGUUUUUUGUGAAAUCUGAAUUCAAUAGCAAAAAUUGAAUAAGCUACAAAAAUUCUCAUCAAAAUCUGAAAUAUUGAAGCUUUUUGUUCAUCUGAAAAUGUGAAAUUUCACAAAAAAUUUGGAUUUUUGAAUGAAAUACUCAAAUUUUCCAAGAAGGUGAAAUUAAAUUCCAAAAAUUCUUAUCAAAAACUGAAAUUUUGCUUCUCUUUUUAUUGAAAAUCCGAAAUUUCACAAAAAAUUUGGAUUUUUUGAAUCCAAAAUACCGCAUUUUCUCCAAAUUUCCACCAAAUUUCCCUUCCAAAAUCCUGAUUUCUGGAAAUUUUCCUGAAUCUUUCUCUAAACUUCGCACAAUUUUCUUCCAAAGCCUGCUAAUUUUGAUCCCUUUCCCUUAUUUUUCGACACAAAAGUGAUUCCCCGCGCCGAAAAAUUGGCGUUUUUCUUUGCUUUUUCUGUUCUGUUCUGCAGCUUCUUCACAUCAAAAACGAGAUUUUUGCAUAUGUAUAUUUCGUCAUUUGUUAUUCCUCUCAAAAAAUUUCAUUUUCGAAAAAUGUUCAGAAUGAAAACAGAUGCUGUAUGUAUGUACUAAUGUAUUUUUAAUGAGCAGGAAAAUCUGCAGUGGGAAAAAUGUAAAAAUAUGUGGGAAAUUCGCGCAAUUUUGUACCUUUUCCCAUAUUUCCUGCUGAAAAAAAAAAUCAAAAAACCAUUGAUUUCUGAACUUUUUGGGCCCACCAAUUCUAAAAACAUGCUAAUUUCUUAAUGGGGUCAACCCGAAAACAUAGCGUAACUCUCGAAAAACAACAAAAACACUUGGAAUUUACGACCGAGUGCGCUUAGCGAAUUAAUAGCGCGCGCAAAAAAGUUCCCUCAUCUCGGCUUUUACACGAUGUGUCAUCAGAAUACAUUUAUUCUAGGGCUCAUUAAAUUGAGCAGCUUGGAAAUUUGCUCUCCAGAGAGGAGAUUUGCACUGUAAUUUAUCACCAAAAAUCAUUUCCUCUUAUUUUUGAUGACAAAUAAGUUAGAGAUAAUCAUUGAAGCUGAAAAUAAUAAGAAGUAAUACGUCAGUUGAUGUUCUUGCUAUUGCUACAGAACACAAAAUUAGGUUAUCAGAGAUUAGGGAAAAGUGCUGGGAAAUUGGUUGGAAUUUUGAGUUUUCUAGUGGCUGAUUUGCUGGAAAUCAUGGAAUUUGGGUCUGAAAAUCUGAAACUUUAAAAAUUGAAUUUUUUCCCUGAAAAAAUACGUUUCAUCAAAUUUACAAACAAUUUUGGAGCAGUUUUGGAAUAUUAUUAUUGGAAUAGCAGUUUUGGACUAUAAUAUAUAUGUCUUAAAAUAUUCAAAAAAUAAUAUUUUAGAAAAAUUGAGAAAUUUCGAGUUUUCCAGGCAAAAAUGAUGACAAAUCGAGAUUUUUGAAGCUUCUGGAGUGAUUUCUGAUGAAACUCAGCAAAAACUUUGGAAAAGUGAAUUCCAAGGUCAAUUUUCAUCAGAAAUCACUCCAGAAGCUUCAAAAAUUUCGAUUUUUCAUCAUUUUUGACUGAAAAACUCGUUUUUUGACUUUUCGUGAAUUUUAAUGUUAAAAAAACAUUUUUUCGUUCGUAAAAAAAGCUAAAAUCUUUGAAACAGUGAAAAUAUUCUCCCCGAAAAAAAUACGUUUCACCAAUUUUACAAGCAUUUUUAGAACUCCUCAGGAGAACGACCGCGAAAUCUGCGCGAAAAGCGGGGUCUCUGCGAUUCGCUCAACCUUCGCGGGAGAAUCGCGCGUUUCGCACAAACCUCGCGCAAUAUGGGACCCGGUCGACUGGACGUCGCGAAAUUUGCGCGAAUUGCGGGGAACUUCGCGUUUUGCGGAAAUUUCGCGGGCUUCCUCGACCGAAUUGGAGCGUUUCGCGACAUUUUCGCGCAGUAGCAUGGUAUAUAAAAAACAUUUUCGCUAUUCGCGUCACGUGCGCGCAUGGUCAAGUGGGUAAAACAAAUGUAUUCGAGGUGAGAGGUUGUGGGUUCGAGGUUGGGUGAGUGUGAUAAAUACAAAUGAUGAUCACCUGAAUGUGAGGAUCGAUCAUGAUGACAUUUUGUUUUGAAAUUGAGAGGACACCGCGAAAUUCACGCAAAACGCGAUAAUGAAACCGCGAAAUUUACGCGAAACGCUGUUACAACACCGCUAAAGCGCGGCGGAUGCGCGGCGUUUUAGCGGACUUCUGGGGUUCGCGUUUCGCGCAGAUCUCGCGGUCGUUCUCCUGAGUCUUUCAGGAUAUUGUUUAAAUUAUAGUUGAAGAAUUAAAAUUAGAUUGAAAAUUAUUAUAACUUCAAAUCUUCCAAAAAAAAUCCUGAAUUUUUCCAGGUAAUGGCUGUUCGCUAA